UGGAAACAGGCAAUGAUGUGAAAUCGACCGACAAGACGUAAAAGCCAGAGCGAAGAAAUUGUUCAGUUCACUUUACCCAGCAAAACAUCCUACCACGCCCAGUGGGCUUGUUUCUGAAACUGUACUUUUGGAGCGCCUAAGUAAAUCACGGACGCUACUUCGUUUUUACUAUGGCUCCACCUAUUUUUUCUGAUCUCGGUAAAGACUCGAGGGAUGUACUUUCAAAAAAGUUCCACUAUGGACUAUAUAAUUUCCAGUGUACUACAAAGAAAAGUGACAUAGAGUUUAAAGCCAACUUAAGUGAUGGUCAGAAACCAAAUAAGAUGUUCUUCGAUCUCCAACAAAAGUUGAUUUUCCCAAAAUAUGGCUUAACUUUGACGAAAAAAUGGGCUUCAAACAAUGUAGUUGAUGCGGAGAUAGGAUUUGAAAACAUGUUGCUUGACGGACUAAAGCAGACAUUUCAGAUUUCACAUGACCCGUUUCAGAAAUGUUUCCACGCAAAUCUUGUCAAUGCUUUCCGUAACGAAAAUGUAAACGCAAAUGUUGAGAUGUUUUUUAAGUCAGCAGUACCUGACUUGUCACCGUCACUUGUUUUGAGUUACCAGGGAUAUUUGAUUGGGGCUGAUGUUAAAUUGGAUUGUACAAAUCAUAUUCUACAAAAGGCAAAUUUUGCGAUCGGUUAUGCUGUGCAAGAUUUCGCCUUCCAUGGUCUAAUUACAAAUUGGGGUAAACAAUUUUCAGCCAACCUAUUUCAACGGAUAACCGAUCGAAUGCAUCUGGCUGCUUCAGUAAGUUGGAAACGUGUUCCAGAUGAAAUUGCCUGGUCUGUUGGUUCACAAUACAUAAUAGAUAGUCGGAAGAACCAUUCUAUAAAAGCAAAAUUGGAUCAUUUGAACCAAAUCAGUUUAGCUUUUACAACAUAUUUAACUAAAGGUCUCCAGCUUACUUUGAGCGGUGUUUUCAAUGGCCCUGAUAUACCUAAAAUGGGUAUUGGUUUAGAAUUGAACUGUUAAACUAAUCGUUGACUAAUUAGUCUGAAAUGUUUGAAGGAUUAUUAUUAAUUACUCUUAUAACAAUGGUUAAUUGUCGCUGUCAUCUUACCCGGUUCUACACAUGCGUCAUUCAUAUACACUUAGAUAUUCACUACACAAAUGUUUGUAUCUCAUUUGUACGGGGUUCUCAGUGCUUUUUUUUGCAUAUUUGUUUUUAUAUUUCACGUUUGCUUGUUCUUAGUGAUAUAUUCUGCCCCUCCCCCUCCCAUGUAUAUUAUCUUUGAGUUGGUUUAACUUUAGAUUUUUGUCUUUAUGAACAACUAGAAAACUCAGAAAUAUACCAGUAAAAUUUACUUACA